AUGGCCCUCCCCGUGCACCUGACCUACAACGUGGCCGGCUGCGAUGAGGUGUCCUGCGAUUACGCGCUUCUGGUGGUGGCCUGCGACCCUCGCGAGCUCGCCGACGUUAUCAAGGACCACACGGGCCACGAAACUCAGGUUAAUGAAAAGCUGGUGUCUUUUACGAUCCGCACGACCCUCCACAGGGCCAAGAGGUGCCCGGGGAGCAAGUUUGCGGUCAGGUUGAACCCUGGUGCGCUGGACAGCAACGAUUACAGCGUGUAUGGCUGGAGGGACGAAGUCAGGGCGAGAAAGUAUGAUGUCGGUGAGCGGGGAGAAGCAGAGGAAAAAGGUGGGGAGGCCUUUGUGGUAGCGUAUCAGAUGAUGGAGGAAAAGCUGGUGGGGGCCGACCGGGAGGUGGUCAAGGCGAAGAUCGAGGAAAAGCUGGAGGAGGGGCUGGCCAAGAGCUGGACGCACUUCGAGGUCGAGAGGAGGGAGGCUGAGCUGUUGACGGACUAUUUUCCACACUUUGAGUUGGACGAUCUGCGGGAUGGGCUGCCGUGGGCCGUGCUGGACAAUCAGGGGCAGCGGGCCACGCUGUACGUGUCGUCGUUCACGUGCUUCGAAUCCGUGCUGCAGUGCAAGCAGUAUGGUGACAUGCUGUGGGAGCAGGACCAGGUGAGGGCGGUCAUGCCCGGCGACAAGGAUGCCCCCAUCGCGGUGAUCGGCGCCGGGCCGUCGGGGCUGCUGUUCGCGAGCCAGCAGCUGGUGCGCAAGGGGGGUUACACGAACGUGACGGUCUUCGAGAAGGAGGGCGUCUUUGGAGGGAAGACGAGAACCGUGGAUCUGACGACGGAAGAGGGGGUGGUGGUGCCAUGCGAGCUGGGCACGUGCUACCUCAGCGACGCCUACGACGACGACCUCACCGACCUGUCGGACAUGUACGAGUCGGGAAAGUUGGAACCGCUAGGGGGCCCGAACAUGAGAUCCAUUGCGGAGACGCCCGAGGCGGUUGGCUCGGAUGAGGAGGAGCACGGGGUCGAGUUCCAGGAGUGGGUUAAACGCAAGAACGGCGGGGAGGACUGGAAGACGGAUCUGGAGGCCCAGGCCAAGGUGUUCGCGGCGCUGCUCAAGUACAAGAAGAUCCACAAGGCGGUGAUGGGGACAAAGUACUGCAUGCCGCUCAAGAAGCCAGAGCGGAGGCGGCGCCUGUUCGUGGAUGACGACGUCUAUGAGGAUGCGCUGUGUUUGCGGUUCAUGGACUUUUUGUGCAAGCACGGGAUGGCUGCUCUGGAGGCGCCUUUUCUUUACACCUACGAGGUGCAGGGCUACGGGGACAUCAAGCGGAUCCCCGCCUACUACGGCCUGGCAUGGAUCACCGCCGACCUGGCCGAGGGCAUAAUCAGAUCGAGGUUGCCGAUCAUCGGGGACGGGGAGAGCGUGUUCGUGUACGACAAGGGCUGGCUGAGGCUGUGGGAGAAGAUCGUGGAGCGCCACGCGGACGCGAUGAAGGUCGUGCUCAACGCCAACGUGCUCAGCAUCACCAGGGACUGA